UAAUCGAUUAUUUUUCAUAAUCGAUUAUCGUUUAUUCAAACCCGUAAUCGCCCAGCCCUAGAUGAGGGAGUUUUCCGAUGUUUCGUAUUCUUCCGUUCUUCGCGGCCUACGAACAGAUAAAAACAAAAAUGUGACUUUUUUAUAUGGAACACCCUGUAUAUUAUUACAUUAUAUGGCCGAAAAUACUUUAAAUAACCAAAAUUUUUCCAUUAAUUUAAUUUAGAUCUAGUGUUAAAAUGACGUUGUUCGUUCACGUAAUUAUAUACAGGGUGUUCCUUCUAAAAAAGUCACAUUUUUGUUCUUAUCGGAAAAAUGCGAUGUUGUCUUGUUUUUUGAAUUGCGGAUUUGGAUUUGGUACAAAAAAUACGCAAUUUUAGUAAUUUAACCGUCGUUCUAAAGAAAGGUAGCCAUAGUGCCGACUUAAUUUGAACCAGACUGUAUAUCUUUCAAGGGUUGAAUAAAAGCAAUCGUUCAAUCUGGCAGCAAAUGUAAUGUCUGAUAUAACUGAAAAUGAUGCAUCCUUUCCACUUUCCCGUUAUCCCACCUGUCGAGUUCGGACGACGCAAAAACUUUCCAGCUGUAAGUGUAAAUGUCCUAAAAUCCCCACGUUUUUCCACCAACUUCACAAAACAAGGUCAAGUGCCACUCAAAAUUCUACGCGAUUAAAUUGGUCCUGAUUAUCUUUCGAGAGUACCAUUAGGAUUUGUCCCGUCGGCGUCGCGACCGUAGUAGCCACGUUGUUGCUUUUCGGGGAUGAAGUUCUUCCACUUGCUCCCAUUCCUAUUGCCAAUUCUUGGUGCGAAAUCCAAAGAAGAAAAAUGCGGUUACGAGGCGUGUCCCACUCUGAACCCCUCCGAGCUGCACGUUCACCUGGUGGCGCAUUCCCAUGACGAUGUCGGCUGGUUGAAGACGGUGGAUCAGUACUACUUCGGCCAACAAAUGGGAAUUCAGUUCGCUGGCAUCCAGUACAUCAUCGACUCCGUCGUCCAAGCGCUUUUGGCCGAUCCCAAACGAAAGUUUAUUCAGGUCGAGACCGCGUUCUUCCACAAAUGGUGGCGGAGGCAGCACGACAAACGCAAGGAGCAGGUGCGCCAGCUGGUCAACAACGGACAGCUGGUAAUCGUCGGGGGCGGAUGGAGUAUGAACGACGAAGCCGCUGCCCACUACCAGUCCAUCAUAGAUCAGUUCACCUACGGCAUUAGGUUCAUGGAAGACACUCUGGGAAAAUGCGCUAGGCCGAAGAUCGGCUGGCAGAUCGAUCCCUUCGGUCACACUCGCGAGAUGGCCUCGAUCUUCAACGAAAUGGGCUACGAUGCGAUCUUCUUCGCCCGCCUGGACUACAGAGACAAAAAGAAACGUUUAAGCACCCGCACCGCCGAGAUGCUAUGGCGCGGAAGCAGCAACGUGGGGCAACCCUUUCUCUUCACUCACGCGAUGUUCGACCACUACAGUCCACCUCGUGGAUUCAAAUUUGAUAUUUUAAGCAAAGACGAUCCUCUAGUUACCGACAUUCGAAGUUCGGAGUACAACCUAAAGGAGAAGGUUUCCAGUUUUACCGCGUUCGUCAAGGCGCAAUCGUCCAAUUACACCUCUAAUAACAUCAUGAUGGCGAUGGGGGACGAUUUCACCUACCAAGACGCCCACUACAACUACAGGAACCUGGACACGCUAAUCAAAGCUUACGAGGACGUGGAGCACUUGGACAAUAAAUUGCGACGGAUUAGGCUGCACUAUUCGACGCCGAAUUGUUACGUGAAGGCCGUCAACGAGUACGCCAAACAGAAAGGGCUGAAGUACAAGGUGAAGACUGACGAUUUCAUCCCGUACGCCAGCGACUCUUCGUCGUACUGGACGGGGUACUACACUUCGAGGCCGACGCAGAAGCGGCUCGAGCGCCAGGGCAAUAAUUUACUGCAGGUUGCGAAGCAGUUGACGUCGGCGGGACCCGACUCGAAGACUCGGAAUGAGCGGGUUAGCGAACUUCGGGAGGCCAUGAGCGUUAUGCAACAUCACGACGCUAUCACGGGGACCGAGAAGACGAAGGUGGCCAUGGACUACGUCACCAUGAUGUCGAAGGCCUUCGAGUCCAGCUCUGCCGUGGCGAGUGAAGUGCUACUGAAACGUUUGGCCAAAAAAGACCCCCCCAAGCUGACCUUCAAAUCGUGCCUGCUCGCUAAUAUAAGCGUUUGCGAGGAGUCGAGAAAACAAAAAUUCGUGGCAAUCGUCUACAAUCCUCUGAGUCGGAAGGUGUCGCACCACGUCCGUCUGCCUGUUGACACAAACGAUUUCGACGUAAUCGACUUUGCUGGCAAAAAGAUGGAGUGGCAGGUGACUCCGAGCAUCGACGCCUUUGAUAACGUCCCGGAUAUUCAAAAGGCCAAAUUUGAUCUGGUCUUCUUCGCGGAAGACCUUCCGGCGCUCGGCGCUAAGAUCUACUACAUCACGAAUAAGAACUUUGGCGCUACUGAUGUAAACGUGCCACCAGUUAAGGACACUUUCGAUCUUGGUGACAAGGAGACCGGCGCUCAACUAAACAGAAACACGGGCUUCUUGAAGGGGAUCACUUUGCACAGUUGGCCGCUUAAUCUCCGGCAAGAGUUGAUGUACUACCAUGGAGCCAUCGGUAACAAUCGUCCAUCCAACCGCACCUCGGGCGCUUACGUCUUCAGGCCCGAUCCGAAAAAUCCCGCCGCGAAGCCCUUCACCGAUAGCAUCUUGAGCAGCUUGAAGGUGUACAAAGGGAAGCUGGUCGAUGAGGUGCACCAGACCUUCGACAAUGCGGCGAAGCAGAUCGUUCGCGUCUACAAACGCCAAAAGAACUACGUGGAGUUUGAUUGGCUGGUCGGGCCGAUCGACAUUAGCGACAAAAAUGGAAAGGAAAUUAUAUCGCGAUUUAAAUUGGGAACUUUUAAUCCGCCGAAAGGCACGUUUUUUACCGAUUCCAAUGGACGCGAGUUACUGAAGAGGGUCAAUGAACAUCGGGAAACUUUCAAGUACACGGACGAAGAGCCUGUUGCUGGCAACUACUACCCGAUCACGUCCAGUAUUACGGCGGUCGACGAGGACCGGCGCAUUGAGGCUUCGGUUUUGACCGACCGAGCGCAAGGGGGCGCCAGUUUAGGUACCGGCGAAAUGGAACUGAUGUUACACAGGAGACUCUUAAAAGACGACGGGUUUGGCGUGGACGAAGCGCUAAACGAACUGGAAUUCGGGAAAGGUUUGAGAGUAAGAGGGCGGCACUUUUUCACAUUUGGCUCGAUUAAAGACGGCGACAAUAUUCCGCGAGCAAGUAAAAUUCGUCGAGGGAUUGUCCAGCAGAAGGUCCUGGCACCGUGGGUCUUUCUGGCGGAUGCUUCUAGCAAAGAAAACGCCUUCGACAAGCUAAAGGGAAACCUUAAAUCCGAAUUUUCGCCUGUCACGCACGACCUGCCCGAGCAAGUACAAAUUUUGACGCUCGAGCGCUGGGGCGACAACCACGUACUGCUACGUUUAGAGCACAUACUCGAGGUUUCCGAAGGGGGCGUCGUGCAGAAGAUCGAUGUCAGAGGUUUGUUCGUUGGGUUGGGGUUAAGAAUCGAAGAAUUCAAGGAGAUGACUUUGGCGGGAAAUUCGAAACUGGACGAAGGCUAUAGGAUGCAGUGGACCGCCGGCGGAUGUCUGUCGGGUUUAGAUAAUUGCGAGCUGAUAGAGAAACCUCCGAGAGACGGCAAGGCCGGGCCUGAUCGAGUUGAUCUCUGGCCCAUGGAAAUUCGAACGUUCAUUGUUAACGUUGAAGAGAUACCAUCAUAAAUAAAUAGAUCAAUCUAUGUACA